AUGGUGGCAGUGCUAAGCGUAGAUCUCGGCGGCUCUUGGCAGGGUCAGGGCUCCAUUGCAAAAUUGGCAAUGAGAUCUCGGCAUCUGGUCGGACUGUUUCUGUCCGUUGUGGCUCUAUCUUCCGUGCUGCAGGCGGCACGGGCUUUCUUGCAAGAUGCCAAGUCCGUCACUGAAGAUCAGCAUCAGAUAAUUUAA